AUGUCGACCGACGAUCCACCACCACCACAAGCCAAGACGUGCAGUGCCUACAUUGACGUCGAGAACAAGUCGAGUCAUAUGUUCAAAUUUCAAGUACUCCAUCAGUACACUGGAGACGAUGUCGAUGAUUCUGGAUGGCAUUUGAUGAAACCAAAUGAUAAGAAGUAUGUGAUGAAGGUGAACUAUCGUGUUGGAAUCUUCACGACUGGAACGGAUAACUGGAAGGUUCAUGGAAAGAAGGUCGUUGAGAUUACUGAAAAUGGAGAAAAGAAGAUUGUCGACGGAGAGGACUGGCGUAGUGGGACUGGUGUGGCUGUUGACUGGAAGAAGCACACUUUAAGAUCCGAAGAUAAUGAGGAAACCACCACUAUCAAGGUCUUCGAAACUGAAGUUCAAUUUGUUUCGCCGAGUGGUGUAUCAACAACAAGCUUCUACAGGCAUGACUAG